GCUGAUGCGUAUACUAAGGCCGUAAAGAUCCCAUCUGAUGCCUGGCCGGGAAUCCUUUCGUGGACCUUCUCUGGUGCUCUUCCGGACACAGAAAGGCAUGCCUUCCCGCUGGCAUCCGAACGUCAGUGGAAACAGUCCGAAAGAGUCGGAAAUGCCUCUAAUGCUGUCACUCCCCCGAGUUCCACCUUCGAGACGUUUCCGGCGCACAUUCUUGUAGAACGUGCAGGUCGUCUGGUGCCUGACGAAUUAUUGAAAGGACAGUCUGUUGACGAAUUGCCCGAGCUGGAAACAUUCGUCACUUUUAUCGUCUCCGCUGGAGGGACUACCCUCAGCGAGGCAACAGCCGGAAAGCCAAAUAUCGACCCAUCGCAAAGCGGUCGAGUCGCGGUUACCCAUCUUGUCAAGGAUGCUAUAUCGCCGGUGUGGGACUACCAACGUUACGGCUGUCUACCUCUCUCACUUCUCUCUGACUCUGCUGGGAGCGAGGAGUACCCAAAGAGGUCGAGGGUUGGCCUCAAUCCCGGCAGCGAGGAGAAGGAGGAGGAGUCGGAGCAGAGUGGCUGGGAGGAACUGCUCCGUCAGCAAAAAGAAACACAAGUUGGAAAGAGGGGUGAUUGA